AUGGGUGACACGGUUGCUUUACUAGGACAAGAUGUGGAUUUCACAUGCAAGGUAGACAACCUUGGCAAACACAUGGUGGCAUUCGUUCGAGCUAGCUCACCACCAAGGUUAAUUUCAUUCGAUGAAAAGAUUUUUCGGCAGAAAGACAAAUACGAGCUCAAGUCAAAAAUGGGUCCACUGAACAAUGAGUGGAUAUUGACGGUAAAAAAUGUGCAGGUUAGCCGAUUUUACAACAUCCUUCAUAUGAUAUGGUCAAAGUGAAU